UAGUCAACCAGCUAACUGCAUCUACUGUCGAUGCUUACAUACAUAUGUAUUGUUCGUAAUCUGUAUGUCUUUUUUUUCUGUUGCAAUUGUCAAUUUGCUAUGUUCUUGUCUCAAGCGCAUACGUCUAGCUUACCCUACCAAUUUGGCUGAUGCACCAUCGGAUUUUGGUGGAUCAAAAACCUGAUGCAGAACGGGGCUGGUGCGCUGCGUUGCGCUGACCUACAAAAUCAAAGGUGCCCGCGCGCUCUCACUUGUUCAGUCGCUUGUCUAAGAUCGGGCCCGUUUCCUGUGACGGUCUUCUCGCGUGGUCUUAUGACGGCUUCAUUUGACGAUAAAAUAAUAGCUCUUCGUUCUUGGUCACGCGCUUUUGCUCCUUUACCGUCACCAACCCAAGCGUCCAAAAUACCGUACCUCACCAAGCAACAUUCAGUCCUAAUGCAGAUCCGGUGAUGUAUGGGAAUCCCCUCCUUGCACAUUCACCUUUUUUUUCAGAAGUGGCCUGCUGUCACCUCACUCGCAUGUCUACCUACCUUACCUUGCCGACCUACCUACCUACGAAUAAGACGUUCACCAUCGAAUGACAUUUUACUUUGCGAGCGAUGCCAUUGAAACGUGCCUGCUCCAGCAACCAUUUUCUUUACUGUCAUCUAAUACCAGCGUCUGCGGGUCCAUAGAUACAAUACUUGUAUUCACGCUUGCCUGGGUGGACUCGUGUCCCUUACCACAGCAGCCGUGACUGGCAUAGACAGACAGAAAAUGGCUGAGGACAAAUCAUCUGAGCCGGUACAUGCGGACGCUGGGCGGGCGGAGCUCCUCCCGUCCCCUCCAAAAAGACCGCGUUCAGCUGCGUGUCAAGAGUCCACUGGGACUAAACCAGAGGCCAACGACUCGUCGGAAUCGAGGCAGAAAUACCUCGAAUCUUUAAUACCACCAUCGACAGAAGUGUUUAAUCGGAUAGCGUGCAUCCAGAACCACCGCGAGGAUGAGAUCAGGCGCAUGUCUCGUGAGCACAAGCGCCCCUCUACUGGUUCAAAAUCACCUACCCAACCUUCACAUGCCACGCAUAGUGCCGGACGGCCGGCUGUCGAGGAAGCAACCGCGGGGAGCCGGCCUACCAUUAUCGAUGACAUCCUCCUCACGCGUGCUGCCACUCUGAUUCAGAGAACGUACCGCGGCUACCGCACCCGGAGGCAGAUGUCCGGGCUUACCGUCGAUGCAGACACGAGAUGGGCGCACGCUUUGCGCGAGGCACGAUUCCGUGAGAUUACCAAACCACGACCACGAUCCUGGUCUGGCGAGGCGGCCGGGGGUGUCGGUGCUGCUAAUCCACAGAAUGGUGACGCCGGCAAACGUUCCACUGCCGCCAGGCGAAAUUGGAGGAAAGCGGCGAUCGUUGCGAGGAGGGCUGGCUGGGAUGAGGAUUCGCCCUCGGGUUCCAGCUCGGAUGAGUCGAUUGUGUCUUUGCGGAGCAACAUGGACGAAGAAGAGCGCAAGGCUGCCAGGAGGCGGAGACAGGAAUCGAGGGCGAGGAUGAAAAAGGCGGCCCAAACCAUGGGGUUGCAAUACUUUCUGGAAAUGGUGGACCAGAAGCACCGGUAUGGCUCGAAUCUGCGGACAUAUCACGAUGAGUGGAAGAAGUCCAAUACCCACGAGAACUUCUUCUACUGGCUAGACUUCGGCGAGGGAAGCAACUUGGAGAUGGAAGCUUGUCCCCGCGACCGGCUGGAAAGGGAGCAAGUCCGGUACCUUAGUCGAGAGGAAAGGCAAUACUACCUUGUCAGAAUCGACGCCGAGGGACGGCUGUGCUGGGCAAAGAAUGGUGCCAGGAUAGACACUACAGAGGAUUGGAAGGAUUCGAUCCAUGGCAUCGUGCCUAAGGACGACAUUACCCCAGCCUACAGCCCUGAGCUUGGACAGAAAGCCCGGGCCCCGGGCCGUAGUAUCACAGGCGGCACGAGUAGUGGGAGUGCUGAUUCCCGGGCGUCGGAUUCUGAGCUUGAGGCAGCACGAGCGGCCAAGUAUGCGAACCCAACCCUCGACGAGGCCAAGGGCAUCAAGAAGGUUAGCCAUGUUUCGGCGGCCACAAUCUUCAAUAAGAUGCUGCGUAAAUCUGUCAGGAAGAACACGUGGAUAUUCGUUGCCGACACAUCGUUCAGGCUGUACGUCGGUAUCAAGGAUUCUGGUGCCUUCCAGCACUCUUCCUUUCUACAAGGCGGCCGAAUCUCAGCGGCUGGGCUGAUCAAGAUCAAGAAUGGGAGACUCAAAUCAUUGUCACCCCUCAGUGGGCAUUAUCGUCCUCCUGCUGCCAAUUUUCGCGCCUUUGUCAAGUCUCUAAAGGACAUGGGCGUCGACAUGACCCACGUCUCAAUCAGCAAAAGUUAUGCGGUUCUCGUGGGCCUGGAGGUCUACGUGCGCACGAGGCAAAAGAGCAAGCGCUUUGUUCAGAAGCUGAUUCACGGAAAGGACAAGAUUGUCGCACCGGAUGAGGUUGCUAAAAGGCGCGAGGCCGAGAAGGACAACAGCCAAAGUGCGGCGCGAGAGAGAGAGGUGCUUGAGCGAGAGGCUAGGAUGAGGCGGGAGGACAAGAAGGGUGUGCGGAUGCUGAGAAAACUUGGGGUCCAGCCUGAGCUCGAUAAUGCAGCUGACCAGGAGCCAGAACCGCGGGAUCUUGUUACAGGAUAAGGGACGAAGCUGCAGGCCAGGUUUGAUAAUAGGGGUUAACACGAGAAGCGACAUCAUACCGACAUGCCAUUUGAGGCUGUCACCUGGGCAGUUUUAAUCUACUAAUUCCUUUACCACACAGUCAUCUUGUUUAUUACAGAUACCCUAUUUUUUUGUAGCUCUGUGUUCGUCCAGCUCUGAUUUACCGUCAACUUCAGGUCUUAUAUGUCGCAUGCCAUUUGUUGACUAUUUACUGUGGUGGACGAAACAACCCGAUUUCAAACCUAGCAGUGUCGUCUCAUAUCUGUCAAAGGCACUGAGAUAUACAAGGUUCUUCAUCCAUACCAUACUAAUGCAUCUAACAUUACUAGUUCUCUUAUGUAUAUGAAGUGGAAGUUGCUGUAUAGAAACAUGUACAAUAAGCAAUGCCUGUAGAGAUGAAGCCAUACGAAAAGGAUCAGACGC